AUGCUUGCUGGCAAUAACGACGUUCCCGCGUGGAACCCCGUGUUGGUUCGGAGCUACAAGAAGAACUAUGAUCAGACAAAAAACGAGCCAGUGUACGUUCAAAUAGCCUCUGCAAAAUCGAACGGAGUGCCCAAAAUUCAGCGACUCGUUUUCCAAGACUUUCUGCGGGCAGAUCCCAAAGUGUUAUUAUUCUCGGCGGCAACACGUAAUGCAGAGCUGAUGGCGGUAGUAAAAGGAUCGCAAACGCACGAGAUAUUUUGGCAAAUGCCCAAGACUGGAGAAUCCUUCACCAUCUCUGGCAGGCUGUAUAUGGUUGCAGCCCCAACAAUGUCGCAUAGAUUUGGAGCCCCACCACGGCGGGUCACGAUUGGCGACUCUGAUAUACAUCCGGACGAAUUCUGGGAGCAAGAGCGCCUACGACAAUGGAAGCGGCUCUCUCCCAUUUUCCGAGCAUCUUUCACCUGGCCUGCCCCAGGUGAAUCCAAACACUCCCUUCCAAAAGACGGUAGCUCCGUAUAUCGGGCCCCAACAGUUCGCCUCACGGGUGCAACGGGUAUUGACACUGGCUACAAGUACACACGCCUGGACGCUAUGGACGAAAAUGCUGGCGUGGCCACUGGACUGUUUGGUGCUUUGAGUGGAUUCGUAAAUGGCAACGGAAGGGCUGCAACAAACGGUGGUCAAUUGUCCAAGGAAGAAGAGCUCCGAUGCGUGCAUAACGGCGCAUUGGACAAUUUCUGUCUUUUGGUCAUGAAAGCCGUAAGGGUCGAGCAUUGGACGCCUAACACGGUCGCACCACCAGUUCGGAUGCUGUAUGAAGCGAUGAAGGAUGGUAGUUGGACACAGGAAGAACUUAAUCCUUAG